AUCCAACCUGUCCAACUGCAUUUGUCAACGCGGAUUGAGUCGAGAGGAGCAUCAGAUCAGAUUAGAUUAGAUUAAGGCAUAUUCGAUGUGGAUUUUUCCGGUUGGUGGACACAAUGAAAACGACUUUUCUCCUGCUUCUGUUCUGCUGUUUGGGUGCAGUGAAUUCUGCAGGAAACAAGGAUGUAGCCGCUCCAGCAAACCUUGACUCAUCGGUUCCUAAAGGAGCUCAAACAAAUGAUCAGCCAACUCCUGACAGUACUGAAUCCCUCAACGAAGCAAAUGAACAAUCUUCAGAGAAAGAUAAUAGUACCACUAGCCAGGGUAAGGAUGAACCACCAGCUGAGAAAGUAGGUAACCAAACAAAUCAUGGAACUCCUAAUAAGGAACAAGAAGAAGAUGGCUCAAAUAACAAAGAGAGAGACGGCAAAGAAGAUCCAGAAGAGCCUCAAACCUCCACAAAAAAGGCUACAGAGAACCCCCCGCAAGACACUGAGACAAAAGAUGGUGCAAAUUCUGGUGCUGGGAAGGAUAGUCUAAACAAUAACGAAGAAGAGGAUGAAGCUAAAAAGAACAGCAAUCAGCAAGAGCCAGAAUCUGAACAAGUAACAAAAGAGGAUAUGGAGGGAAAUGCAGAGGAGAUAACAGACACUAAAGGCGACGACGACACAAACGGAGCUGAAACCAAAAAAGAAGACGGUGAAGAAAGGAAUGUGUUUGACAAUCAAGAGAGCAGCCAUUUCUUUGCCUACCUGGUCUCUGCAGCCGUGUUUGUGGCUGUGCUUUACAUCGCUUUCCACAACAAGCGCAAGAUUAUUGCCUUUGCUUUAGAAGGGAAGAAAUCCAGAUCGGCGCGGAGACCUAAAAGCUCAGAUUACCAAAUGCUGCAGCAAAAUUGACAGAGCAAGGUUUCCAGCCCGGAAACACAGAAGACGGAUGGAGGCGUAAACAUGAAACUCUCCUCCUGUUUAAAAGACAUUUUUCUCUUAUUUUGGAUGUUUAUUGCAUGACUAUGCAGAUGACACUGUUGCCUUAUUGGAGUGUAAAGAUGUAAAUGAGCAUGCGGUAUUUUUGCACUAAUGUUAUUCCACUUUUUAGGUCAUCUGGCCCAAUUUGGUCCCAGCUCAGGAUAUUCCAGUAGCAAAUUAGCUGUUUUGUGGCACAUUAGUGACAUCAGAGUGCAUCAUGUUUUUACGUCGUUCAUGUAUUUUGAUAUGAAACAUGAAACUGCCUGUUCUGUAACAGGUGGAAUCCAAUCAGUCUGGUCGUAAUACCAGUUAAUCCUGUUGUGAUUCAUAACUUGCACCAACUAAUGGGCCUGAGACAUUAGUCUGAAACGUCGAUCGCUGUAACUAGAACUCUAACGAGCUUUGGCUGUAGGUGGAGUGUCAGGGAAGAUGGCUCUCUGGGAUGGCCACUGACACUUCAGCUCUCAUUUCUCAUGAGUUUUUAUUUGCAUCCAGAAAAAUGUAUGAUGUGCCCAAUGGCAAAAGGAAAUAGUGAUUUAAUGUGUGGUUAUUGUGUUCAUUGCUGUCUGUUUGUAGCAGAUGCAGGGGCUUUGAGGAUUCUGUUAAAAUCACUUUAUUACUUCUUGGUAGGAGAAAAUCCCAAUCAUGCUGUGAAAUAUCUUUUUUUUUUUAAAUAAAUCUGCAAUGAAAACCAUGAAAUUCUUA